AUGAAGCUCAGAUUGCUCUCACUUGGCCUCUUUAUCCCGAGAGUUCUCGGCUGGGGAGCCGCUGGACACGACAUCAUCGCGACCAUUGCCCAGAUUCAUCUUCACCCCAGCGUUCUUCCUGUCAUCUGUGAUAUCCUCAACUACACGUCCACAAACCCAGAUGAGCCUCCAUGUCGUCUUGCGCCCGUAUCCACCUGGGCGGACCGAUUCAAAUACCGCAUGCGCUGGUCAGCGCCGUUGCAUUAUGUCGGUGCUAAGGAUGACUAUCCUUCAGAGACGUGCUGGGCGGGAAGUAGGAACAUCAAUGUCCUUGCCGGGAUUAUGAAUGUCAUUUCGUUACUAGAUGCUUGGGUCGAAGGAUCUAGUUCUGAUGAUACGGCCGAGGAGGCUCUCAAAUUCCUUAUACACUUUGUCGGUGACCUCCAUAUGCCACUCCAUCUUACGGGUAGAGAUAGAGGUGGCAAUUCAGUCAAGACUAAUCUAUAUUCGGCAUGGGAUGGGUUGUUAAUCGCAAAGACCCUGCGGAACAUACCGAGAAAAUAUGAUCAUCCACUCCCGAUACCUUCGCUCGAAAGGAAUCUACGAGGUGCUAUUUACGAUGGGUUCAUCCGUCAAAUAAUGUGGGAAGGCAUUCUGCAUGACUGGAAAGACCAGGUUCCGGAAUGGCUUGUAUGUCCUUCCGAGAAAGCCGCACCGCCACCAUCAUCCCUUCCGAAGGGAUAUAAAUAUCUCCCGUCUAUUAUUUACGAUUAUGUGACCCAAUACUGGGGCUACAUUUCCUCAACAUUUGCCUCCAGUUCCGCUUCAACCGACGAUUCCACUGUCUGUCCGCACUUCUGGGCUCAACCCAUUCAUGCUAUGAAUUGUGAUUUUGUCUGGCCGAAAGCUCUAGACGAACCACCUUACAACCACAUCCGCGCCUUCGGUUCUGAUUCUGACCCCCUCACCCCACGUCCCAAAUUACCUUUAUUCGCGCUGGACACGCCCGAAUAUUGGGGUUACAUCGCAGAGAAUCAUAUUCUCCACAAAUUGAUGGCGCAGGGCUGCAUCCAAUUAGCCGGAAUAUUGAACUGGCUUUUUGCAGAUCUGGCGGAAGCAGGCGUCGAUGCUCAUCGAAUGCAGCGUAGUACCUUCCUAUUAUUUGGUGGUCUUCACAUAGAGCUUUGCUUUGAGUUCCUCUUAGAAUUUUGUGGGAGCUUUUCGGCUUCAUGUUACGAGUCGGAGAGUGCAAACAGAGAAUGA